GUGUCCACCGCCUCGCAAGGGGCGUCGAAUUCUGUUCUCCAACCUCGUUUUGCUCACUUGCACCGUCGCUGAAGCCAUGGAUAUUUCAUCGAUCCUACAAGGUGGCUACCAGCACCCGCUGUCGCGCUCGUGGCAGGCGAAGCGGCAGCUGACCAAGUCGAUGCUCAUGUACCCCAUCUUCAUCACGGACGACGCGGACGCGGAGGUCGAGAUCCCGUCGUUACCCGGCCAGAAACGAUGGGGCGUUAACAAGCUCGAGGGCUUCAUCGCGCCGCUGGUGAAGAAGGGCCUGAAGAGCGUCAUCCUCUUCGGCGUCCCGCUCAAAUGCGAGAAGGACAUGGCCGGCACGCCCGCGGACGACCCGGACGGCCCCGUCGUGCAGGGCAUCAAGCUCCUCCGCGCGCGCUUCCCCUCGCUCUAUAUCGCGACCGACGUCUGCCUGUGCGAGUACACCGCGCACGGCCACUGCGGCGUGCUGCACGCGGACGGGACGAUCGACACCGAGCCGUCCGUCGCGCGGAUCGCGCAGGUCGCGGCGAGCUACGCGCGCGCGGGCGCGCACUGCGUCGCGCCGAGCGACAUGAUGGACGGCCGGAUCAAGGCGAUCAAGCGCGCGCUGAUCGACGCCGGGUUCGGGAACAAGUGCACGCUCAUGAGCUACUCGGCCAAGUUUGCGAGCGCGCUGUACGGCCCCUUCCGUGACGCGGCGGGAAGCGCGCCCUCGUUCGGGGACCGCAAAUGCUACCAGCUCCCGCCGGCCGCCAAAGGCCUCGCCCGACGCGCCAUCCUCCGCGACACCUCGGAAGGCGCGGACAUCAUCAUGGUCAAGCCCGCGCUGCCCUACCUCGACAUCAUCCAAGACGCGGCCGAGCUCGCGCCGGACCACCCGCUCGCGUGCUACCAGGUGAGCGGCGAGUACGCGAUGAUCUACGCCGGCGCGCGCGCGGGCGUGUACGACCUCCGGACGAUGGCGUUCGAGACGUGCGAGAGCAUGCUCCGCGCAGGGUGCACGCUGAUCCUCACGUACUUCACUCCCCAGUUCCUGGACUGGCUGGACGAGUAGAACAAAAAAAAGGGAAGAAAAAAAAAGUAAGAAGGUUUACUGUUAUAGAGCCCUGAACUUGAAACUAUCCUGUAUGUAGAGUACCGUAGCACACCCCGUGCUCUUGACUUAUCCUCGCCCACGCUCUACAC